AUUUGUCUCACAUGCCGUUCAGGAGUGAGCCAAAACAUCUGUUUCCAUGUCAUCAUCAAAAUGAGAUCAUGGACUUUCGAUCCCCAAAAAUGAAGUAUGUGAUUAUCCUUCCUUGUUCUAAUCGAAAAGUUGCAGAUUGUAUCCAUGAACUCAAUGAGCUCAUUCUUUGAUGUCUCUGAAGCCCAAAACAUCUUUCCACUCAUCAAGUAUAAAGGGAAAACUUCUCCCACUUGUACUCUGUGACAAACCCACACAACACAUAAACCCACUCUCAGGACAAACUGAAUAUUGGAGAAAUAUGGGAAAGCUAAAUAAUGAAGCAGAAGGUCAAAAGAAAGUGCUCAUGCAUUUCAGCCAUGAUCAUGCCCUAGAACUCACCAAACUCUUGAAAACAAGCCAAGUAAUCUGCUCCGGCUGCGGAAUUCAUAUCCUCCCCGGCGAGGACUAUUUUGCCUGCGCAACGUGCAAUUUCUCUCUCCACAGAGAUUGCUCUGGAUUGCCGAGAAAAAUCUACCAUCCUUCAGACUCAAAUCAUGAAUUGAUUCUUAUCCUGUCACCCUCAUUUCAUUGCAAGGCAUGCGGGACUCCUGGUUCCGGUUUCUCCUACAAUUGCAAUAUCUGCCUUGGAGAUAUCCACAGUCUGUGCGCGAUGAAGCCUUUGUCUGCUACCCAUGAUUCACACCCUCACCGGCUAACAUUGGAAUUUAAGCCUCCUUAUGAAGGAGAAGGAGGCUUCCGAUGCGACAUCUGUGAACGACCAGGUUCUGACCAGUGGCUCUACCGCUGUCAACAAUGUGAUUACGAUGUGCACCUUCAUUGCUCCAAAUCUCAGGCAGGGCCAGAAGCCCAUAACAUCAUUCAGGGGAAACCAGCUUUUGAAGCUUCAAGCAGAGCUCCUAGUCUUCCUAAUAGCACACAGAAGCCUGCCAUUAACACCACUUCUGUUACUCAAUCUGGCAAGUCAUGCGAAAGUUUUCAAGGCUUCAAGCAAGUUAAUGUCUCGGGGACAAUUCAACAAGCUCUUGCUAAUCAAAACAUGGCAACAAUAACUACUCAAGGUUCCUUGAACAGCACAGCCUCACGGCCCUUGCCAAUGGUCACCUCACAGUACAGGCCAAAUGUUGCUUGUGUUUACCAGUCAUGCAAGUCCUCACUCGGGUCUCAAGCAAAUGGUCAUGGACUUGACCGAACUGGAGGUAGUCGCUCAGGUAUUAAUCAAGCAAUUUGUAUCACUCCAAACAGAACGAUGACGAACACAACCCGAGGUCCCAUAAACAAUUCAAACCCCCCAACGGGUGCCACCCAAUACCGACCAAACGUUGCUUAUGCUCAACAGGGGACUAAUUUUCCCAGUGGAAGACAAGCGUCCAGCAGCAAUGGCUUUGUCUAUUUAAGCAGUACUCAAGCAAGAAAUAAUCUACCAAUACAGCUCAGGCCAAAUGGUAGAGCUCCAAUGCCCAUUGUUCUUCAACGUAACGGGUUCGCUUAUGCAGCUCCAGUUAGAAAUGAAGCUAAUCAAGGAGGUAUGAAUGGGAUGGUAGUCGGAGAAGUCGCUUCUGGGAUUGGUCAAGCAUUUGGGCAAGAGAUGUUUCGAGAACCCACUGGCGGGUGGGAUGUGGGCUCAAUGGGUUCAAAUCACGAUGGAGGGACUGAAAUAAUCGGAAAAGCACUGCGUAAACUUAUUUUACCAUGGUAAACAGAAUCAAUCGAAUGCCAAGAAACAUAUGGAGUUCACGAUCAUUUAAGUCGAACCUAGCGUGGGUCUCACCAUUUGUUUUCAGUGUACUUAGUUUGAUCUAUCAAAAUGAGCUUCAGUGACAAAGCCUUAAAGAGUUGCUGCAUUACUGUCAGUACCAGGCUUGGAACAGUAAAAACUCUGAAUGUGUUGUUCCUCUUCAGCUAGCAGCGUGUAUUGUCUUGUUAAUUGCUUUC